GUGGCUGCGCCGCCCGAGGACGGCGAACCGGGCGAGGAAUUGAGAGCGUUCCCCUAUAUAAAGGCAGCGGCCCUCUUGGUCCCCAGAACAGUAUUUCUAAAGCAGGGAAAGGAAGCAGCAGUAGUGGUCGAGCAACCGCUGCACUUUUUUUUCUUUUCCCCUUCAUCUCCCUCCCUCCCUCUCCAAAGAUGCAAUCGAGCGAGUCAUUGUCGUCUUCCUCCCUUUCUUCUCCAACGUCUCCCUUACCUGCUCCUCCUGCUCCAAUCGCCUCUCCCUGUGCUGCAUGUAAGAUUCUCCGGCGCCGGUGCGUUGAGCAAUGCGUCCUGGCGCCAUACUUUCCGCCGACCGAUCCCCAGAAGUUCAUUACGGCUCACCGGGUUUUUGGUGCCAGUAAUAUCAUUAAGCUCCUUCAGGAUCUUCCUGAAUCACAGAGGGCAGAUGCUGUGCGCAGCUUGGUUUAUGAAGCAAAUGCUCGGAGCAGGGACCCUGUCUACGGCUGCGCCGGCGCAAUCUUCCAGCUGCAGAAGCAACUGAGCGAGCUUCAGUCGCGGUUGGCGAUGGCGCAGGCGGAGAUCCUCAACAUGCAGAUGCAGCAAGCCAAUAUGGUGGCCUUCCUCUGCAUGGAGACGGCGCAAUCCCAGCAGGCAAUUUCACAACCGAGUGAUACAUUUUCCGGCAACAAUAGUCCCAGCGGCUACCAACUUCAAUUUCAGCAGGGAAUUGGUGGAUUCUUGGAUGAUGCUGCUGCUGGAGCGCAGUUGGAGCCUCUGUGGACCUGAUCAAGCUCUCCCUGAUUCUCCGAAUCAUGUAGCUAAUUUUGUACAGUUUGGAUGAAAUUUUUGAAAAUGAACAAGGAUUUUGGAUCGAAUUUGGCCGUCUGUAUUUUAGAGGCUAAUUUGGCGAGUCUUGAUGAUGUGCCAACAUGAAUAAAUUGUGAUUACAGCUCAGCGAUGAGGAAGUAAAUCAAUUCUGAAUGCU